UUGGUAUUUCCAGAUUUUAGGUUGAUUCGUCAUUCAAUAUUUCGCCUUUGCAUCAGAAAACCAGUCUGUCAUAAGGUUAUAACAAGUCAGACAUCCUAACGAAACAAUGUCGGAAUCAGUUGUUGUGGUGAUCAAACUGGUCGGGCAGCCAAAUAAUGCCCAACCAGAGCCGUUCUAUAUCGCUAGAAAUAUUUCCUGGGCAGACUUGAAGGCAAUGCUUCUGGCCCUGUUUGAUGUCACUCCAUCACAACUUGAUGUCCAUUAUCAGGAUGAUGACAAUGACAGGAUCACUUUGAGUAGUGACACUGAGCUGCAAGAAGCAUUUCGAUUUGCUAGCGUAACAUCAGACAGUGUACUGCAGCUGUAUGUAAAGGACACAAAACAAACAAUGGACAAGGACAGUGCCAAUGCUGUUGAAGCCGAUGCUGUGCCCGUAACGGCAACUGAUGACGCCAAGGCUAACCAGUUGCCUCCCACUGAAACUGAUAAAGAGAUCAAAGAUAUUCCACCAGUUGCUGUCAAGGAGGAGCGCCAUGUGAAAGAGGAAUUGGAGCACGAUACUGCCGAGACUGGGGAAACGACUCCCAGAUACGAAUGUGAUGAAGAGACUGGACUCAUGCACAAGCCACAUGAGCCGGUAGUUAGGAAGAAGGCGUGCUACUAUGAAAUUCCCGGCAAGGACCGGAAUGGGAACGACAGUAACAUCCGCGAUGGUGCGUUGAGUGAAUCCGAUGACCAGCCGAGCGAGACCGAUAGUUCCAUGCCGUACCAGGACUUCGUUGUCUUCAUGGAAAAGCUGAAGCGUGAACUGCGAACUGAGAUUGUUCACGACGUCACCAAGAAGACGGUCAAACAAGUUCUGAAAGGUCUCGACAACGCCGUGAUCCGAUCAAUACAAGGAGGAUCCUCACUGCCGAAGACAUCUGCGAAAGAUACCAAGCCAGCAUAUCCUGUAUAUCUUCAUGAAGGAAUUAUGUGUGACAAUUGUGAACGACCAAUCAUUGGGCCACGAUACAAGUGUGGAAACUGCCCCAACUACGACCUGUGUUUGCAGUGCGAGGGAAUGUAUGGAAUUCACAACCCCGACCACGUGUUCAUUAAGCUGCAUCGACCGUGCUUUAACGCAGGCAUACGCGAGGGCAAGAAGGUACCACUGUUACGUCAUCUGCUGUACAGCGAGGCAUCCGAAUGUCGGCCCAAAGAAAUCGGGUUGAGAAUGGAAAGAGCCAUUGAGAAGCGUCAGGAGAAGAUGAAGAAGAGAGAGGAGAAGGUUCAGGAGAAACAGAAGAAGAGAGAAGACAAGCUGAAGAGGAAGCUUGAGAGGAUGGAGGCACUUCGAGACCAGCCCAAGAAGAAAGAAAAGAUGGAUGUGCCUGGUUACGCUCUGCCUCAGUUUCGAUAUCCCUACCAGGUCCUUGGAGCGGAGCUGAUUGCCCAUGUCACUAUUCCUGACAACACACACGUUCAGCCUGGCACACGACUUCAGAAAACUUGGAGAAUGAAAAACACGGGAAGUCAUCAGUGGACCCCCUCAACACAGCUGCGACUCAUGUGGGGCACUAUAAGUUCCCCUCAGACGGAAGUGUCGGCUCCGCUCCUCAACCCUGGAGACGAGGGAAAUAUCACUGUGGAGCUGAUAGCAUCAGAUGAACCUGGGAGGUACCAGAGUCACUGGAAGCUCUUCGACAGUGGAGUUAACUUUGGUCACCGUGUAUGGUGCUCCAUUCAUGUUGAUGCCAAGGAAGUCCUAGAACCUAAAUCUGCAGCGGUCGAGGAACCCAGUGUGGUUAAGAAAACCAAGAGCUUAGAGACUGAAUCUGCCAGCGUUGGCCACACAGACGAGGAGGUGUUCCCUGUAUGCAUUCCUCCCGUACCCUUGACCAAGCUCACGCCAGCCACGCCAGUGAAAUCACUAUCACAACAGGUGAAAUCGGUGGAACCCGUGCAGCCAGCUAGUGCUGAAACCACAACCGCCGACAAAGCACAAACGACCAGUGGACACUCGGAGGUUUUUGAGGAGAAACCUGCCACUGGUAUUCUUUCGCAGGAGGGAAUUCAUGAUCUGCUGUCCUACGAGUUUCUCGAUCUCAGAGAGAGGGGCCCGCCCAAGGUGUCCCAGACAGCCACGCCUAACAACACUCCACUAGAUGUCACUCCUCCCAAGUCGCCAGCUCCCGAGCCUUAUCUGCAAAGUGAGGUCAUCUUGGAAAACAACGAUGUUGAAAAUCCUACUGAUAAGGAUGAGAACUUGUUGAAGUCGCCGGCCAGUGAGCGGGUUUUGUCGAGCAGCAGCAGUUUGGAACUACUUCCAGUGGAGGACAGCCCCCCAGAACUGACGGACUACGUCACAGAACGAAUGGCGGGACUCGAGCUCAAGCCAGACAUUGAAGAUGACCUGGAAUCACUGAGCAGUGGGUGUGAAUACGACUCGGACCUCAGUGAAGACUACUGCAUCGUCCCUCUACCGGACUGCUUCGACACCAGCAAGCCAUUGACGCGGUCCACCAUCGGGCUCGUCGACAGUAAUCAAAACACUAUCGGAAUGCCAGAUGGCAACACAUACUCCAUUACUCCGCAACCCUCUCUGGACGACCUGCUCUUGGCGUCGUCGGGCUCUCUCCCCCCCGCCGCUCUCAUGCUCCCCACCAUUGUCAAUAGCAACACAGGGCCAUCCGACAACAAGGAAACCCAGAAAGAAACCUCCAUCACACCCUCAGUGGUAGAUGCGCUCUCUCUACAAGCAAACGCUAACAGCAGUGUUGAGAGGAACUUGGCCAAACUGUCGAUCUCGGACAAAUCCGAGGCAUCUGUUGCAGCGACCAAAACAGAAGAUCAGAAACCCGCUGCAGAGGAAACUGUUGAUGUAGUUGUGGCCGAGGGCGGUGCGUCUCUGAAGGAUGAUGAGACCGAUGGGGAGGUGUUAGAGAAGAGCGCUGAUGGCAAAGAGGAAGCCGGAAAAGGCUAUGAUAGUAGCGCUGCUACAGAGUACGUCAGUCAGCUGAUGAACACAGCAAUGCUAGCAGCUGUGAAGGCCGGAGCUAAAGCCUACAGCACGACAAAAGGCGUCUUCAGCACAAUGCAAGCCAAACAGUGGAAGCCACCACAGUCCAACUACAAGCCUCCAGCUGAUAGCUAUGUUCCACCACAGAGCACCUGGACACCCCCUGAGAAUAUGUGGACUCCUCCCGCUGAAACGUCGCCACCCCCUCCUAGCGACGAACCCAUGGGGAGACUGAUCGAGAUGGGAUUUGCCAACAGACCAAGGAACACAGAACUUCUCGCCAAAUAUGAGAAUGACCUUGAUAGAGUUCUGCAGGAAUUGCUUCAUGAAAACGACAAUGACUGGGCAAGCAGAAGACAUUAGAUGGGGUUGAAAAAAACUAAACAGUAAACAAAAAGAACAGAUUUUUCAAUUUGUAAAUAUUUAAAUAUGAGUGUGGAUUGGUUGCAGAAGAGAGAAAGAGAGAGAGAGAAAAGACGAAAGAAGAUGAAAGAAGGUUCUGCGAUUGAUGGGUGUUUUUUUGUUUUUUGUUGGGUUUUUUAUCCAAAAGCACGUGUGGUGGAUAAAUAAAACAUUGUUUUACUUUUUACAUAUCGAUGUAUUUUUCACUUACUAAUCUGGCCUUUUUUUCUUUUUUUAUGGCAGUAGUUUCCAUGCGGUUUUUUUCUUCUUUUUGUUUGACUGAAGGCACAUUACACUUUUAUAUUCGUAGUCUGUAGCACCUAUAAUGUGUGUACUAAUGUUAUUCAAAAUCACUAGACGUUUAGUGUGGCAAGAUUUGUGUUAUAAUUAAAAUUAUAGAAAUGCUGUUAAUAUAUUUAUAAUAAUUUAUGACUUCAAACAUCUGUGGGAUCCUUGAGAUAAGCACCCAGAUUGGAAAUCACUGUUAUGCUAUAACCAUUGUUUGAAAUGAGGAGGGUACACCCCUUUUUUUAAUAGACAUCAUAUGGGCCGAAUUUAUUAAGUCUUGCUUUUUGUCUUACACAAGUGUUAACUAUAUUUACAGUGCUUAAACACCUGCAAUUAAAAAAAUCCAGGCUCUGUAAAUUGGGCCCUAUAUAUUUGAUGAACCUGUUCAAAAUAUAACACUUUGUCUCUGCACUACAUAUUUCGCACCCCUUGUUCAAAUUCCUAUAUCUAGCCAUGCUAUUAUUAUAAGGGACAUACUUAUCAUGUGUAUAGCAUAUUGAUACUUACUAUAUUUUAUUACAGUUAUGUUUCAAGUAGCUUCAUACAACAGGUGGCGGAUUUAUUUAUAUUUACUUAAUUUUUUAUUUAUACCAUAUCGGAUGAUUUGGUACAAUUCUAAAAUGUCCACACGCUGAGCUAAGCAGGUUUACAGUUAUACACCACUAUUCACAUUUGCAUGCAUUUCAGUGCAGUUUUCAAUAUCAGAAUAAAUAUGGUGAAAAAGGUUACAACUUCGGAAGAACCACUUGACUGCAAUUUUUUAAGAAAGUACAAUCAUUUGGUAAUUGCCGAUCAUAACGUCAUUAAAGGUUGACCCCAAAAGCAUGUUAGAAAUUAGCUAAAAUGUGAAUAUUUACAAACACUUUUUACAGAUUAUUUUAUGUAAGACUCUGUCAUGUCACCUGAUAGGUGAGUGUGUCUCUGAUAAUGAAAUUCAUUUUUCUGCUAAUAUGCAAUCAUUUGUGAGUUUGGAAAUAUAGUUAGGAAGAGGAUGGUUUAUAACAACAAUAUUUGUCACUUUUGACAGAUUUAUUUCUUUGCAAUCAUAUGACUUUCAGUUGUUAUUUUGUAUAUAUAUAUAUUGUAGCAGUGCAAAUUGGAUAUUUUUUCUUUGUUUUUUUUUCUGUUUUGUGUUUUCAUUUAAAUGAUUAAAUAGUUUGAGGAGAACCUUAAAAUAAA